ACGCGGUCUCUCUCUCUCUCUCUCACAAACACAUCUUCUCUUCAACGUCUCUUCUAACUGUAAGUAUCAAACUUUUCAAAUUUCAGUUCUUUUUUCUUAAUUUUCAGUUUUUGUGUUUUUUUAGAGUCAUUACCUAUAUUCAAUAAAUACUCUGUUUUUCAUUUUUUUUCAAGCUAGCAGAAGUUUAAUUACACUCUAUAUUGAUACAUAGAUAAUAAUAAUAAUAAAAAAAGAAAAAAAGAAAAAAUGAACAGUAGUAGCUGUAUUGGUAUCUCGACAAUGAAACCCUGUUGUAGAAUCAUAAUUAGUUACAGAAGUUUUUCACAUUUUGGGGUUUCUCUCUCAAGAUCUAAUAAUAAUUCAGUCAUUCAUACCAAUUUGUCGAAAUCACAUCCGAAAUCGGUAUAUAAUCAUGAAUUCCACUGCUGUAAUAAGCGUAGUUGGUCACAAGAUACUGGUCAUAAAUGUAUAGUUAAUCUGGAUCGCAGAGGUUUUAAUGUCUGCGAUUGGAAUUGGGGUCAUGCUAGGGGUUUUAGUUCAGGUUUUCUUGCCGAUAAGGGUAGUAGUUCAAGGGGUGUUUUAGUAAUUCCCAAAGUAGCGUCGGACAUUAGGAAUCAUUCAACUUCGGUAGAGGGUCAUGUUAAUAAGAAAGGAUUUGAGAAUAUUUACAUUCAAGGAGGGUUGAAUGUGAAGCCUUUAGUGAUAGAAAAGAUUGAAACAGAAAGUGAUGCAGCUAAAGAAGGAAAAGAGGAAACAUCUAGUAAUAGGGUGGAGAUUAAUGGAUCCAAAGUAAAUACAAAGUUCUUCAAGGGUUUGAAUGAGAGCACAACUCCUAAGGUUGUUGAGAGAGAGGUGUCUAAGAUCGAGAAGGAAGCGUGGCAGUUGCUUCGAGGCACCAUUGUGAAUUACUGUGGGAAUCCAGUAGGGACUGUCGCUGCUAAUGAUCCUGCUGACAGGCAACCGUUGAAUUAUGACCAAGUCUUCAUUCGUGAUUUUGUUCCAUCCGCACUUGCUUUUUUGCUUAAUGGAGAAAUGGAGAUUGUGAAGAAUUUUCUUCUUCACACUUUGCAGUUGCAGAGCUGGGAGAAAACAGUGGACUGUUACAGUCCUGGGCAAGGGUUAAUGCCAGCAAGUUUUAAAGUCAAAACAGUGCCUCUUGAUGGCAGUGAUGGAGGUUUUGAUGAGGUUUUGGAUCCUGAUUUUGGUGAAUCAGCCAUUGGGCGUGUUGCGCCUGUUGAUUCCGGGCUGUGGUGGAUAAUUUUGUUGAGAGCUUAUGGGAAGAUAACAGGCGACUAUGCAUUGCAAGAGAGGGUUGAUGUCCAGACAGGAAUCAGACUCGGACUAAAUUUGUGUUUAUCAGAUGGGUUUGAUAUGUUUCCUACGCUGUUAGUCACUGAUGGUUCCUGCAUGAUUGAUAGACGAAUGGGUAUCCAUGGACACCCUCUUGAAAUCCAAGCCUUGUUCUAUUCUGCUUUACGAUGUGCUCGUGAGAUGCUCAUAGUCAAUGAUGAAACCAAGAAUCUGGUGGCUGCAAUAAAUAAUCGACUCAGUGCACUCUCAUUCCAUAUCAGAGAGUAUUAUUGGGUGGACAUGAGGAAGAUCAAUGAGAUCUACCGUUACAACACUGAAGAAUACUCUACAGAUGCAGUCAACAAGUUCAACAUAUACCCCGAUCAAAUUCCUUCGUGGCUAGUGGAUUGGAUUCCUGAGGAAGGUGGUUACCUCAUUGGCAAUCUACAGCCGGCUCACAUGGAUUUUAGGUUUUUUACUCUUGGGAACCUUUGGGCCAUCGUCUCUUCUCUGGGAACCUCAAAACAAAAUGAGGGUAUCCUAAAUUUGAUCGAGGCCAGGUGGGAUGAUCUCAUGGGCCAUAUGCCUCUUAAGAUUUGUUACCCUGCUUUGGAAUAUGAAGAAUGGCGUAUAAUUACUGGCAGUGAUCCAAAGAACACCCCAUGGUCAUAUCACAAUGGUGGAUCUUGGCCAACACUGCUGUGGCAGUUCACAUUAGCUUGUAUCAAGAUGGGGAAACCAGAAUUAGCACAGAAGGCAGUUGCUUUGGCAGAGACGAGAUUAUCAAUGGAUCAAUGGCCUGAAUACUAUGACACUCGCAGUGGAAGGUUUAUAGGCAAACAGUCCAGGCUUUUUCAGACAUGGACAAUCUCUGGUUUCCUAACAUCAAAGAUGCUUUUAGAGAAUCCAGAUAAAGCAUCCUUGUUGUUCUUGGAAGAGGAUUAUGAGCUCCUGGAGAUAUGUGUUUGUGCACUAAGCAAAACUGGCCGGAAGAAGUGCUCACGCAUUGCUGCAAGAUCUCAAAUUCUUGUCUGAUGAGGUAUUUCCUGACCUGAUAGCUAUAUAGCGUGGUAAAAACGAUAACAGAAAAGAUCAUUUGUAGCCCUAACUCAAUAUUUUAAAGGGCGACUUGAAUGUGAUGACAGACAAACUACUCUGAGGUGCUGAUUGUUGUACCUCUUGUUGAAGCACAUGACUCGUUUGAAUUAGAUGCUGUGUUUUUGAGAGCCUGUAACCUACUUGUAAUAAUGCAUGGUUUCGUGCUUGAAUUUCCUUUCGACCUUGGCAUGACACGUGUAAACUUCUCUUCCAUAGAUAUGAUCAAUCCCUUUCUGGGUGUCACAAA